GACUGCGGACACAGUACAGGGAUGACCAGAGACUGCGGACACAGUACAGGGAUGACCAGAGACUGCGGACACAGUACAGGGAUGACCAGAGACUGCGGACACAGUACAGGGAUGACCAGAGACUGCGGACACAGUACAGGGAUGACCAGAGACUGCGGACACAGUACAGGGAUGACCAGAGACUGCGGACACAGUACAGGGAUGACCAGAGACUGCGGACACAGUACAGGGAUGACCAGAGACUGCGGACACAGUACAGGGAUGACCAGAGACUGCGGACACAGUACAGGGAUGACCAGAGACUGCGGACACAGUACAGGGAUGACCAGAGACUGCGGACACAGUACAGGGAUGACCAGAGACUGCGGACACAGUACAGGGAUGACCAGAGACUGCGGACACAGUACAGGGAUGACCAGAGACUGCGGACACAGUACAGGGAUGACCAGAGACUGCGGACACAGUACAGGGAUGACCAGAGACUGCGGACACAGUACAGGGAUGACCAGAGACUGCGGACACAGUACAGGGAUGACCAGAGACUGCGGACACGGACACAGUACAGGGAUGACCAGAGACUGCGGACACAGUACAGGGAUGACCAGAGACUGCGGACAGUACAGGAGAUGACCAGAGACUGCGGAAAGCACAGGGAUGACCAGAGACUGCGGACAGUACAGAUGAC